AUUACAAAGAGCACCCACUUCUGUAAAGUGUUUGCUAGAGAGAGCAUAGAUUUUAACAAGUUUUCUUCAAAAUCUUUCCAUUCCCUUUGAGAAAAAUUCAACCACAAAAGAAAUCUAUAUGGUUUUGGCUAAGGGCUUUGUUUGGUUGCAUUUACAAGGAAAUAUAUGACAAAAGUGUGGAUAGAAAGCAACAGAAAGAAAAAAGAAUUUUUGUGGCAAAUGAUGGGUGGAAACCCUAGUAAUUGGUGGAGCAUGCUGCCACCUAAUUCUCUCUCUGCUCCUCAAUUUGUUCUUGGAUCUUCUCCACUUCCUUUGAGUUCCAUGGCUGAUCACCAUAAUAUUCUUCAUAACCCAGAACCCAAUUCACAAUCAUGGAGCCAAUUACUUGUUGGUGGAUUGCAAGAAGCUGGGGAUCAUGAAGAGAGGUUGGUUUUGAAUAGUAAUAAUUUUGAAGCAAAAAAGUUUGAAACUUUGGAGGGCAGAAUAUUGAUUCCAUUUCCCAGAUUUGGAGUUGGUAGUGGUGGUGAUGUGUUGAAGCAAGAAAGUUGCUGUGAAAGUAGAAGUAAAAAUUUGUCAUUUUUAUGGAAUAAUAAUGAAGAAUCAUCAUCAUCAUCACCUGCUGCUGCUGCUUCUUCUUCCUCUAACUCUAAUUCUGUCAAUAGCUGCUUAACUAGUAAUGCCAUAUUGGACUUCUCUUUCCACAAAGUUGAUUCCAAAAACCAAAUCCCUGAUCACAAUUAUUCAUCUGAGUGUGCUAGCACAGCCGCCACUGGUGGUGGAGUGUGUAAGAAGGCUAGGGUUCAGCCCACCUCCGGCCAGCCUCCGAUGAAGAGACUGACACUGCUUCUGUCUUGUCAGAGGCUAUUGGGUAUGUCAGAUUCCUUCAGAGUCAGAUUGAGGCUCUGAUCUCUCCAUAUUUGGGCAAUUCAUCAAAACCCACAAAGAAGGAGCAGUUUAGAACAUUAAAUGAUGGGAGAAAUUUGAGAGAAGUUGAAGGAGAGAGGGGAAGAAGUUGUGUAUUUCCUGAAGACCCUGGUCAGCUCUUGAAUGACAAUAGCCUGAAAAGAAAACUACCUCCUCACCAGAUUUUGAAUGGGCAGGAAAACGAAGGAGGAAAGGACUUGAGGAGUAGAGGGCUUUGCUUGGUACCUGUAUCUUGUACACAGCUUGUACAGAGUGACAUUAAUGGAGCUGAUUAUUGGGCUCAAGCUUACAAUGGCAGUUUCUAACUCCUCCUCAAAAUACCUAUGCUUGGUGCUAUGCUAUCCAUUAUUCUCUAUAUUAUUGCUGAUUAAUUAGGAAUUAAGAUGCUAACUUUUUCUUUCCCUUUUGAAUAAACAUGUGUUUAGAUUUUUUCUUAAAUAUGUUCCCCUUUUUAAAUGUAACUCAAUCAAACCUUAGCCAAGAUAAUAAGUGACAUAUCUACGGUUUCUUUUUUGAGUACCACGUGUGGGGAUGGAGGAUCGAACUCACAACUUCUUGAUUGGAGAUAUAUGCCGCAUGUUGGCUAAUAUAUCUGCAAUUUGUUGAGACAACAA